UUCCCCAUUCGCCUGCCCCCUUGUUAGCAUUACAGCCGUGUUUAAUGUUGUUAUUUACAAGUGAGGACAGAGUUGAACAGGGGGAAUAGGUGAGUGCCCUAGGUCACCAGGCUGCUACGGGAUGUGGCUCCAAAGCCUGCAGUCCUCACCCUGCACCCCCAGUUCCUCCUGCCCCUGACCCGGACCAGAGUAGAAUACAGGAAGUCAGGAGCCGUUCUCAAGGAGGAGCAGCCUUCAAGUUCAAGUUCAACAUGGCCAACCAGCUCUCUCCUACAGAGGAAGGAUCAGAGGACCAGGAGGGACAAGGAGGCUGUGGGCCCUUCGCUUUCAGUUUCGUUUCUCUGCCUGCAAAAACUGAAACUUGAAACAGAAAGAUUCCGGAGAUCAGAACAUGGAGGGAGCCUUGCAGGUGUGCAGGAACUGCAAAAGAAGGGUGGCCUCCAACCACCUGGGCCUCCAUGAGGCCCACUGCUUGAUGUAUCUGGUCCUCUGCCCAGAAUGCAAGGAACCUGUCCUGCAGCAUGAGAUGGAAGAACACCGCCAGGGCGGGCACCAGCAGGUGGGAUGCGCCAUGUGUCAGCAGAGCGUGCCGAAGCACUCGCUGGAGAGUCACGAGGCCCAGGAAUGCCAGGAGCGCCCGGUUGAGUGCCAGUUCUGCCAGCUGGCCGUGCGCCUGAACAAGGUGGACCUCCAUGAACACUACUGCGGCCAGCAGACGGAGCUCUGCCCAGACUGCGGCCAGCACGUCAUGCUCCGCGUGCUGGCCCGGCACAGAGAAGAGUGUGGACGUGAGCAGCUCCGGCUCCAGAAAGGGAAGAGCAUUCCAGCUCCUGAAAGCAACAUCUGCUGUCAUUAUUGCAACCAAAUGAUCCCAGGAAAUAAGUAUUUCCCCCAUCUGGAUAGAUGCCGUCGAGUCUCAGGAGCUGUGGCAGCUUCUCCAGUGGGGAAACCAGAAAUUCCUCCUUCAUCCCCUUCGAGUCGGGCUGCUGAAGACCAGACUUCCAAGGCAGAGAAAGAUGUCCGUCCAAAGCUGAGAAAUAGUCACAGAGCUCCCUUUCUUUCUGAAACGUCAACAAGGCAAGCGCCACGAGGCGCAAACAAAACCACGAAUCUGUCUUUGAAGUCCAAUGGCAAGCUCAGAGCCUCCUCUCCUGUAGAAGAUGAGACAGCCUAUGACAUUCUGAGGAGAUGUUCUCAGUGUGAUAUCCUACUUCCCCUGCCAACCCUAAACCACCACCAGGAGAAAUGCCGGCGGUUAGCUUCAUCAAAAGGAAAACAAGUGUGAAGUUCCAGCUAGCUUUGGGAAAGAGAUGUUGGUUUGCCCAAGAGCUACAGCUAAACCAGGAGGAAAAGAGAACGCCAACUCUUCUGCCUGAGAAUUCUGAUCAAGCAUCUAGGCCCAACCCAGCCUGGACACCUUGGGAAAUCCAGCUUUAUCUCUGAAGAAUAAAAAAGAUCUUCCUGAAA